UUCGCAUUCGAUUUCAACAAGAAAAGCUACAGAUGCAACCUAUACGCUGAAGUAGCCAAGAAACAGGAGAGUAGAGUGCGUGAAGUUCGUUCAAGAUACAGGAUUCCCGUUUCUUUUUCGUGAGCAGUGGACAUCGACCGCACGAACCAACCGAUGCCGUUCGUUGUCUUCACGAUGGCUUAAAUUCGCCAGCAAAACGCACGAUAAGCGUAGCAGACUGCUAACUUCCCGUACGCUUGGACCGUUCCGGUCACGUACGGCAGUACGGUCGUGCCUGCUGUGAAGCGGGGAGAAGCAGAAGCGAACCAGGAGGAGUUGCCAAGGUUGUGUGACGGUGGAAGGCGAGAGAUUUUUUUUUCGCUUGAUUCCCACUAUAAAACGGUACCAGUGUGUGCAGAGCGCAGGAUCUUCCGCGAGGCUCUACCACCGGUGCGGAUCGGCUGCAACAGUGAAGAAGUGCAAAAUUUGCACCGCAAAGUGAAGCAAACGAAAGAUUGCGAGUUGUUGAACCUUUAUGCUACCGGAAGUUUUUGAGCGUGUAUGUGUGUGCGAGUGUGUGCGCACACGAGCAGGUGUGUGUGUGUGUGCGCGGAGUUGUGUGAGAAGCAGCAGCAGCAGCACAUCGACUCAGUAAAAACGGCUAGCGGCAGUGUGUAUUUUUUGUGUGUUGUGUGUGGAAUGUGAGCCCCGAAAAAAAAACCCCACAGCAUCACAGCAGCCAGGCAGCCAAGCAGGCAAGUAAUGUGUGAUUGGUCCGUGUAUAUUACGGUGGGGCUGUUUUUCGAUAUAUCUGCCGAAUGUGAGCAGAAAGCAAGUGGAGCAAAAUAGUGGAGAAGUUGGCGUUCACACCACCGACCGCUCUGGGGGGUUGAAAAAUCUGCGUGAAUCGAAGCGGGAGCAGUACACCAAAGAGCGAAAACGAGAAGAAAAGUGUGCAUGUGCGUGCGUGUGUGUGUACGGGAUUGUACAUGUGUGGUGUUGUGAGUGUAGAGUGCUGCGUCUAUGAACGUAGUAUGGUGGCAUGAAGAUGGUGUAAUAAUCAUUAGUGCGACACGAAAGUGUAUGUGUGUAUUUGAUCGCGUUACAGAAACACGUACACAGAGAGAGCGUGAAAGAGAGAGAGAGAGACGUGUGCGCCCUUGUAAUCAGUUGCCGGCAUACGCGUAGUCAUCACACAAGAAGGGCGACAGUGAAGCGGUAGAUAAGCGGCCACCGUCCUUAGCGCCGUUCGACAGCGCACACACCUCCAACCAUAACACUACUCCCGGUUGCGGCGUAGCGUGGCUCGAACGUAUCCUUGCGUGCCGGGGCGACACGCUGGUGGUGUGCCGGGGCAAUGGGUGCCCAGCAGGUGAAGGAACGUCCGACCGGAACUACCUCUACCCUAGGAGCCGGCAGCUCGAUCCGGUCCAGCCGGAGCAAGCCCCGUUCGUCGAAGGAUGCACGGACGCUGGGUUCAAACAUCUUCACCGAGCACAACGAGGCACUGCUCCAAUCGCGCCCGUUACCGCACAUACCACCGCCGGGUAGUUUGCUGCCGACGGACCUGCUCGGCCAGAAUCAGGAUGGGCUGGAAAACCACACCGGCACCAUGCACUCGCAGGGCAGCUCGAACACGGCACAGUCCAGCUUCGAAACGGCGCACCGAUGGACGUCUAAGGAGAACCUGUUGGCACCCGGACCUGAGGAGGACGAUCCGCAGCUGUUUGUCGCGCUGUACGACUUCAAGGCCGGCGGUGAAAAUCAACUGAGCCUGCGAAAGGGUGAGCAGGUGCGGAUUCUGUCCUACAACAAGUCUGGCGAAUGGUGCGAGGCACACUCCGAUUCCGGCCAUGUCGGCUGGGUGCCGUCGAAUUACGUGACCCCAUUAAACUCGCUGGAAAAGCACUCCUGGUACCAUGGACCCAUUUCGCGCAACGCGGCCGAGUAUUUGCUUAGCUCCGGCAUUAAUGGUAGCUUUCUGGUGCGCGAAAGCGAAAGUUCACCCGGUCAGCGCAGCAUAAGCUUGCGGUAUGAUGGGCGCGUCUACCACUACAGAAUAUCGGAGGACUCCGACGGGAAGGUGUACGUGACGGCGGACGCAAAGUUUAAUACGCUGGCCGAGCUGGUACACCAUCACAGUGCGCUGCACGAAGGGCACGGUUUGAUCACGCCAUUGCUGUACCCGGCACCGAAGCAAAACAAGCCGACCGUGUUCCCGCUCAGUCCCGAACCGGACGAGUGGGAGAUUUGCCGGACGGAUAUCGUGAUGAAGCACAAGCUCGGUGGUGGACAGUACGGUGAGGUGUAUGAGGCUGUGUGGAAGCGGUACGGCAAUACGGUGGCCGUUAAGACGCUGAAGGAAGAUACGAUGGCGUUAAAAGAUUUCCUGGAAGAGGCCGCCAUCAUGAAGGAAAUGAAACACCCAAAUUUGGUGCAGCUGAUAGGUGUCUGCACGCGCGAACCACCAUUUUACAUCAUCACCGAAUUCAUGAGCCACGGAAAUUUGCUUGAUUUUCUACGCACCGCCGGUCGGGAAACGUUAGAUGCCGUUGCGUUGCUGUACAUGGCUACCCAAAUCGCAUCUGGCAUGAGCUAUCUCGAGAGCCGAAACUUUAUCCAUCGGGAUUUGGCCGCACGCAAUUGCCUGGUGGGCGAUAACAAUCUAGUAAAGGUGGCCGAUUUCGGGCUCGCCCGAUUAAUGCGUGACGAUACGUACACGGCACACGCCGGGGCCAAAUUUCCCAUCAAGUGGACCGCACCGGAGGGUUUGGCUUACAAUAAGUUCAGCACCAAAUCGGACGUAUGGGCGUUCGGCGUGUUGCUGUGGGAAAUUGCGACCUACGGGAUGUCACCGUACCCGGGCAUCGACCUAACGGACGUGUUUCACAAGCUCGAGUCAGGCUAUCGGAUGGAGCGGCCGCCCGGAUGCCCACCGGAGGUGUACGACCUGAUGCGGAAGUGCUGGCAGUGGAAUGCUCAAGAUCGUCCAACGUUCAAAAGCAUCCAUCACGAUCUGGAGCACAUGUUUCAGGAAUCCUCCAUUACCGAAGCGGUCGAGAAGCAGCUGCAAGGGGUCGGCGUGAUACCGAUGCAGCUAACGCCGCAGAUGAGCAAGAAGCCACACAUGGGUAUGCAGCAGCAGCAGCAGCAGCAGCAGCAGCAACAGCAGCAACAGCAGCAGCAGCAAUUGCUACCUCCUCCGCCACAGCCAUCGCAACAGCAGCAGCAGACACAGCAUGAACCUGCUAUAACACCCAUUUCCGAUUCGGGAUCUGGUUCAAAGUUCAGCACAUUUGGCAACAAGCAACCUGCAACCGCUGGUGUUCAAAUGCGGCGGACAACAAACAAGCGUGGCAAAACGGCACCCGCGCCACCAAAGAGGACAAGUUUGCUAUCUAGCCGUGAUUCGACGUACCGAGAUGAUGACAACUGCAAGCUCGGUGAAGGCGAGCAUAACGCUAACGGUACUGCUAUUCCCAUCACAAAAUCGUCUUCUUGCAGUAGUUUCCUUAUCGAUAAGCUGUUUCGAGGUUUUACCCGCGACAUGGCAAACCUAAUGAAUCGGGCCACCGACUCCGAGAAUGAGCAAACCGAAGUCACGCCCGAUACGGACACAGACAAUCCGGAGCCAAUAGGGUUUCAAAAAACGCCGCAGCAAAGUUCGUUCAAGCGCGCUCCGAUCAUGGGCAACCGUGGACUGGAAACGCGGGGCAGCAAACGAUUGCCCGGCCAGGCACGCCGCGAUCAACUUCCGCCAGGGUCCGGUGGGCAACCGUGUAUGCCAGCGCUAGGACCGGGACAGCCACCUAUAGUCGGUGCGCUGGAGGUUCAAAACGUGAAGAAAGCCAUCAACCGCUACGGCACGCUACCGAAGGAUGCUCGAAUAGGAGCGUAUCUGGAGUCGUUACGCCAAAGUGAUGGAACUGUCAUUCAGCAAGCUCAACCCCCCGUGCAGCAGCAGUUACCGCAGCAGCAGCAGCAGCAGCAACAUGUAGCAGGCCCGCUACCACCGGGUGCGUCCCAGCUGCAAAUGGGACUGAAUGCAAACAUGUCAUUGGUUUCCGAGCCACCACCACCUCCAAUGGCCGCAGCAAAUGCGAUAUCGAACAGUAUACUAGCGCAACGAAAUGCGGCCGCAAUCAAAGCACAACCACAGAUGAUACGUAGCAACUCCUCGAGUGGGGUCACGAUGUCCAACUCCGCCACAGCUAGUCUUUCAAAACUGCAACGCCAUCGUACGACGACCGACGGUUCGAUGAUGACGUUUUCCUCCUUCCGCGGGUCGGUUGGAAACAAUAGUCCGAAACGUGCCGUACAGCCCACGCUAGCCGAUCUCGAGUUUCCUCCUCCACCGGUAGAUCUUCCGCCUCCGCCGGAGGAAUUCGAUGUUCCUCUGGAGCAGCGAGGAGGCAUGCUGGAAAAACCGAUCGCCCCAUCGAACGAUGUCCGCAAUACGGAACCGAGUGUGGAGGAAGCGAGUUCGCGCUUCGGUGUAAGUUUGCGCAAACGGGAACCGUCGACGGAUUCAUGCAGCUCGCUCGGCAGUCCAGCGGAUGCCAUGCUCAAUCCUGUGGGAGAUUCCGGUCCCCUUUCUAUUCCACCGCCACCGCCACCCGUUGGUUCGAAGGAUCUGAGAGCGGCGGAUACGAAGCGUGUAGCAAAUGUGCCAAAGUGUUUACCGGGUGAAAGUGCUGGCGGUAAAAAGCCGGCCACUUCCGAUCCAGCGUCACAAUUAGUCAGUGAGCUGGCGGAAUCGAUGCAUUUACCAAAGGCACCGUCACCGUUAACUACCACCACCAACACCACGCAGGAACCGCAACAACAGCCAAUAUCGCACUACAAGUCCUCGGAUGUUAGUUCGCUUCGGAAGCCGGUUUCUAUGUCGAAAUCAACGAUCCUACCGUCUGCCAACAGUGCAAUGGCUAGUGACAAUUAUAGCGUUUCCGCGUCGGGCAUUCCGCAGCCACCGUUCAAGACCCAGCUGAAGAAGGUAGAUGCGGCAAAGCGAACGCCGGCUCAUCAACCUGCUAAGAAGGAAGAAAACGCGGGUGGCAUUAUCGAUUUCAAGUCACGGCUACGUAAGGUGGAUCAAAAUAAUGCGGACGUAUCGAGCAAUGGUAGUAGCAGCGGUGGUGAUGGCGUCGUCGAGCCCGGCUCGCAUGUGGACAAUAAUAACAAACAUCAAUCGGGCAACAGUCCGCACAGUAUUCACAACAACAAUAACAUCAACACCACCGUUUCCAGCAACAGCAAUGGCAACAUUCUGAACAAUAACGAUAAUUCGGCUUCGUCCUCGUCGUCGGAGAAUGAAACUCAUCGUACGCAGAGAAAGGGGAGCGAAGCGACGACGAUGGUGGUGGUGCGAAACGGCACGACGACUGCUGGCGGCCUGUCCGGCAAGAACAAUCUGGACGCCAGCAAUAAGUUGCUGCUGGAGAACAACGAGCUAAAUUCGUUGAAGUUGAAGAAAACGACCGCCGCCUCUUCGACGAUUGUGACCGGAUCGGCACCGAUCGAUAGCAAUAAGGUGAUCGAGUUGAAAAAGACUGAAAUUAAGAUUGAGCUGAGCGACGAUCGCAAGCGUGAAAGCUUGGAGGGCAACUCGCUCAAGGUGGACAGUGGUGGUGGGAGUGGCGAUAAUCUGUCCACCGGUAGUAGCGGUGCCGGCGGAGAGGAUGGUGAUGGCAAACGCAAAAGCACGGGCAGCAUCAGUAGCCUAAAAAAGCUUUGGGAAGCGAAAGAAUCGCCCAGCGAUCCGUUGAGUGCUCAGCUCAGUCCGAAGCUGGGAACCAAAAGCGUGGCCAAUAUGGGGCCGAAAAUCAAUAACAAUAUGGAGGCAGACGACGGAGGAUCGGUGGGAGUAUCGAACGAUUCGGCGCAGCAACCGCCCGAUCACCAGCAGCAGCAGCAUCCAACCACCGGCACAGCCGGCACAUUAGGCAACAACAAAAAACCGGCCGUCCCGAUGAAGCCGUCAAAGUUUUCUUCCAUCUAUGCGACGCCGGUACAGAACAUGAUGCAAACCACCGCCAGUACUGGUUCAAGCGGCGGAACAACCGGCAGCAGUAUCUACGCAAAGACAACCGAUAACAGCAGCAGCAGCAGCAUGCAGCAGUCAGACAAACCGACGGCAACGACGACAGCCGGUGGAUCGCCGGCGCCAGCAGGCGGACGAGAUAAUAUCCUAGAGCUGGUGCAAUCGUUGCAGGCUAGCUUAAAAAUGCCGGUGGGCACCAUUUCCGCCUCACAGUGGUUAGCGCUGAGCGAUCGGUUCAGUUCGCUGCAGUCCUGCUGCGUGUCCUUUGCCGACAACGAAAGCCUGCCACCGCACGCCAAAUUUCAUUUCCGAGAGCUAGUCACGCGGGUGGAAAAUCAGGCCCGUUCGUUGCGCUCCGCCAGCAACAAGAACGUGCAAGACAACGAAAAGCUCGUCCAGGAGGUCGGCCAAUCGCUGAAGCAGAUAUCGAAUGCCUUGCACAGGUAAGGUCAAGUAAAGUUGGUUGAUUUCGAUGAGGAAUUCUAAUCGGUGGGUUUGAAUCGGUUGUUUGUUGGUUGACGAUUUUUUUUUAACCACGCGAGACAACAUUCUAGUAAACCACUUAUAGAAAGGGAGGGGAGGUUACUGGAAUCGUUGUUCGCGUCACAGAAGCUGUGUGAUUAAGUUUCGCCUAGCCUACCUCGUUCUCUCCAUAUUGAUUGAGAACGGAGUGGAGAAGCAUUAUGGGCUUUGAAUUUUCUUUUGUAAUCUCAAUUGUCCGCCCUGGUGAUGGUGAUGAGUAUCGAUUGCCAUUAAAGGUUACUUAAAGUAUGGUUUUAAGGAUAUGCAACGAUUGCAACUUAAAGAUAAACCAGAUUUGCUUACACCAUAUCCGCCAAGUUAAAGCUUUAGUCCGUCGUUUCUCAGCGUUUGGUUCGACUGGGUUCUUCGAGCUCUGGCUGUUAAGCAUUCGCCAACAGCUGUGUAACGCAAAAUGAAUGGUUUUGAAUACACACACACACGAGAGAUAUUAUCCUACAGUAAGCCUAUGUAUACACACGCAAACUAUUAUAAUACCUUAUGCAUUUGUGUAUGUAUGAUUCAGUCAAAUACAUUGAAACCAACCAAAACUUUUGAAAUAGAUCAAAUAUGAUGCAGUUAACAGUUCGAACAAGACGGGAAAAUGGACAAUUAAUCAAAACAAUUUGCGACAGAAGCAAAUAUCCAUCCGGAGCGGAAACGUAAUUCAUCGAAAAAUUGUAAAACUAUCAUGAGGUUAGUAUUUGCGCAUUAUGCAAAACGGGCGAGAAAAAAAGAAACAAAUUUUAAAACAAAAAGCAAAUAAAACCUUAGCAAAGAAACGGAAGCCACACCGAUAUUACACAAAAGAUGCUCAAUGAAUUUGCCAAAAAAGAAAACAUAGAAACGAAUGUCGAGAAACAUAAGGAACAAGGCACACACCAGUUGUACAUCCAUCCCUCCCUCCGUGUGUACGUCUCCGUUUUACGAAACGUCCUCUUUUUCUUUUUUAUCACAGUGGAUUAAUGAAACUUCCCAAUUUUACCCAACAAUACGUUAGCGGAUUUAUUGCAGUAAUGGGAGAGGAUGGGCAAAUGCAGGGAUAUGUAUGUAUGUAUGGUUAACAACAUGAGGCAAACAGCGUUACUUUAAGUUCCGGAAAAUGAUUAUCCCAGACAGCAUCAGCCAUCAGUGGUCCAGGUACAGGUUGUUGCGCUGAAUUGUAAGGCAUUUUUGGUAGUGUGAUAGUUUGAAGAUCAGGAGUAAUUGGCACACACACACACUCGAACACAUACACAACACCCCCUUUUUGAUAACAACGUGGCUAGAAGCCAGGUGGUAAAACCGUAGAAGACUGUAAAACGUUUAAGUUUCUAAUAAGCAUGUGCAAAAACAGAUUAAAGAAAAAAACACCCAAGGCAAAAAGCCGGUAUUUAGAGUAGUAGGGGAGUAGUCGAUCGCUUUUUCUUGGUGGACCAUUUGAUAUUCAGCGUGUGGAAGGUUUUUAAUCUUCAGCAAAGAAACAAAAAAAAAAAACAAACACGAUUGCGAUUGUAAAUGUAAUGCCGUAUAAUUUAAUAGUGCGCCGAGCAGCAAGAUGUGCUUGGUUCGAAUACCAAAAAUGAACAUUAUUGGGUUAGCGGGAAAUAUGUGGGAAGGAAACAUUUUAAAACCAUUUUUUUGUGAACGGUUGUCUAAUUCUGUCCGUGUGGAAGAACUCUCAACGAUUGCCUCAAACCAUCAGCAGGCCGAUAUUUUAAUAUCCAACGUUAAGCCAAAGAGCUUAAGACUUUAGUUUUAAAGUACAUUGUGCAUCGGUGUUGUACUAGAGGCCCCACGGUGAUACGCUUAGGGUUCGACAGAAUCAUAAAACCGCCGCAUAAAUCUGACAGCAUUUUAUGAACUGAAAAAACACAAGCGGGAUGGAAAUAAAUAAUUUCGAUUUUAGGUUGUCGCUUAACUUAUUGAAAUAGCGUGGCAGGUACGGGAAAGUAGACCUAUAAUAGCUCUAGACGCUUUUUUACUAUUAUGAGACAACUGGAGGCAAAAGCGGUUAAGGGUGCGCAUUUGUGUUUUGAAAUGUACGCUUCCUUCGGGUUUUUUUUCUAUCCCUCACAAUGUCGCCAGACGGGGUCAGAUAAGCGUAUCGCUAAGCUGUGUGUGUGUGUACUGUACUAGAAGGGAGACCACCCUGUAGGUUGGGUAUGUGAAAGGAGGGGCUCUUAGUCGCGUGUCCAACGUUGGCCGUACUACGGGCAAGAAAUACUGCAAAAUGCUAGUCGUAAAUGGUUAUACUAUUAUCAUUAGAUUUUAACGCAUACCUAUUCAUAAGCAGCUGCCCUCUGGAAAGUGCUCCCCCGACCCACAGGGAAACAGACGACAGUGGGGUGGGUGUGAAGGAUGUGAAUUUUAUUUUAAUAUUUUAUUUGAAAUCGAAAAUCUCGUUACACUUCCAUUUUAUUGUAGAAAGUAGUAGGGGUAGGAUUUUUAUGUAACAGCAAGUGACGGGGAUCGGUGUCCAAACCCCCAACAACACUGCAACACUUGCGCCCUAGUCGAUACAGCGAACGACCGAUACGUAUGCACGUGUGCAGGGAUAACAGGACAGUUAGCGAGCAAACGAUUUCGAUUUUUAUUGCGAAAUAAUAGGGGUGAUACACGGGAACGGAAUGGUGAGCAUUCAGUCAUAAACAGCAUUCGCUAGUGAUUUACAUGAUGUGUGUGUGUUGUAUUGUCCGGCAUCAUACAUUCGAUGACUAUAUCUAGAGGCAUAUGAAUAUAACCCGGCAAAAAGAAAUCAAACAAACUAUACGCAAUAUUGUCCAAUAUAGGUCGUAUCGUAUCUCUAACGUAAACUCAUAAAACCAAUGUAAUAUUACACAUACACACACACUCAGAGUUUUGUUUAUUUUUGUUUGUGUUUGAGAAAAGGUAACUAACUUUUAGAAUUCAGUGAAUGUAGUGCAGGACGACGGGUGUCGAAAUCAAAAAACCGGAAAUAACUUAGCUCUUUCUUUUUUUGACUGCAAAAUACGACGACACCAUAAUCAAAAGAAAAAAACACGAGAGUAAAUUCAAAACUACUUAGAACAUCGCCAGCAAUUGCAGUGCUCUGUGCCGGUGGUAGUUGGGAAGUGAGCAACACGAAAUGGCACGAAAGUACGCGUACGGAAAGGGUUUGCAGAGGUGUAUUAAAACAAAAAUCCGUAUCCCGGGGCUCUUUCUGGGUUGGAGCAAACCGUAGAAGACCAUAAAACUAUACAUAUACAUAAAAUAUAUUCUUAUAUUUUUAGAAUGCGUGCGUGCACACUCAAAAUGCAUGACCUAAAACAAAAGAAAAACAGGAGAUGGGCAACAGCAUCUUUAAUCGUACACCUACAUUCAUAUUCAUAAAAAAAAAACAAAAAACUAUAUAUAUAUACAUACAAACACAUCCGCAUUAAAGACAUGUCAUGCAUAUUGAAUACCUUAUGAUAAAUAUUUCAUCCACGAACAAGAAUAACAAAACACACCAUCUUUAAAGAUACAACAAAUCCAAUUCAAAAUCGACAAGCUUAUGUGCGUGUAAAGUGAGGAGAACUUGUGUAUUGGGAACUGGAAACAAAGCAUGAAAAUUGAAUGAAAAUCAAUGAUUAGCGAACAAAUUGUAAAACAUAAA